UGAGACCAUUCCGCUAUGGACGACCGAGGUUUGCAGCAACUCAUAAGGUGUAUCUGCUGCUGCUGCUGGUCAAGGAGUCUAGACUCUAGAGAGUAUGUCCUCUAGACACCUUGGGGCUCGCCCUGGCUGCGCCAUGAGACGGUGAGGCUGGCUGGCUGGCUGUCUCUGGCUCUGCGUGGCUCUGAGGCUCUCGCAGCCUCAGCUGCCGCCUCGCUCCGGCUCAGUAUUGACGGGACGCCAGUCGUGGAAGGUGUGCCGCGCCGAGCUGCUGCUUCUGUCAGGGCCUCGUCUCGACGUGCUGCGCUGUAAAAAGAAGCCAUCAUGUGUCCAUUAUACCCGGUGCACCUGGUGCUGAUGUACGGGGCGCUGCUGGUGGGGGUGUGGAUGGCCGGCCUUGGCACUGUGAUGGCCGCCGCCUCGGAGGUAUCCCUGCUUAAGGUCCGCCUCCAUGUUAAUGACACCCCUGUGGAUACCCUGGACAUUAAGGAGGGCGAGGAGAAGAUGGUCACCUUCUACUUAGAUGACCUGCCCAUACAGGCUGCCGGAGAUAUCUUGUUAAAGGAUGAAAAUAAUGACCAUUUGAAUCACAUUGAAGUUAAGCCGGAGCGCAUCCCCCUCACUGCCCUGGAAAAAGAGGAGCCGGACUCCCCUUCGCCCAGUGGCUCCUUCAAUGUGUCAGGGAAGUUCCUCGGCUUCACACGGGUGAGGCUCGUCCUGAGUGACGGGAACGACCAGGAGCUGAUGGCCAGUGAACCCGUCCAGGUGAAGGUGCAGCGUGGCAAGCGUGUGUUGGACAAGAUCUUCAUCCACGUGAUCAUCUUGUUAGUGAUUGUGGCGUACAUCAACAUGGGCUGUGCCAUUGACCUCAAGGUGAUCAAGGAGACUCUGCGUCGCCCCGUGGCCCCCGCCAUUGGUCUGGCUUCCCAGUAUCUCUUCAUGCCCAUAGUGUCAUACGUCAUUGGAUACGGACUAUUUUCUGACUACCCGUCAAUGUGGCUCGGACUCUUCCUGACUGGCUGUUCCCCUGGCGGCGGCGGCUCCAACAUGUGGACCUACAUCCUCGGUGGCUCCUUGGACCUCUCCGUCACCAUGACCUUCGUAUCCACGGUGGGAGCCUUUGCUGCGCUGCCCAUCUGGGUGUUUUCUCUGGCAAGAACCAUCUUUAACGAUGGUCAGUUCAACAAGCUACCCUUCAAGAACAUUGCCAUGCUGAUCAUUGGCUUGGUGGUGCCUCUGUCCAUCGGCCUCUUGAUCAAGUGGAAAUCAGAACGAGUUGCCUUAAUGCUCAAGCGCCUUCUGAAGCCCUUCUCCAUCAUAUUCAUCGUCUUCAUCAUGACAUUUGGAGUGUAUGCAAACUACUAUAUUUUUGCAUUCUUUGACUGGAAGGUGGCAGUGGCUGGCCUGCUGCUGCCGUGGCUUGGCUUCGUGUUUGGUGCCGUGAUGGCCCUGAUGUGUCGCCGCAGCAUGGAGGAGAUCAUCGCCAUCAGCAUUGAGACUGGGAUCCAGAACACUGGCAUCGCCAUCGGUAUCCUCAAGGUGGCACUGGGAGACUUUGCCCCCUUGGGAGACAUUGCCAUGGUGAUUCCCGUCGCUGUGGCCACCAUGACCCCCAUACCCCUCACUGUGGCCUACAUCUUCAAGCGUGUGCAGGAGUGUCGAGGGAAGACUAAGACCCUGAAGUUCGACAUACCUUUUGAUGACAAUGACAACCACACACUCGCCAGCUCAACCUCUCCCCUUAACAAGAGCCCCUCAGACUUCUGUGGGCCCAUCGCGGCCUAGCAGUGCCGGGUUCUGUGUGUGUGGUGGCCACUGUCCAUCUUGCUGGGCCGUCACUCCGCGAGGUUGUUCUUCAGCUGGUUGUUGGGCCACGUCAAGCACACCGUAGGGUUGUCAUGCACCAAUCUCAUAAAUGAAGAGUCUCAUUAUUAUAUAUUUCAGUAAUAGAAUUCAGUGAAACUUUUCAUAAAACUAUGUAAACCACAAUUUUAACAUGUACAAAAAAUAAUCUAUUUUAGAGUAUAAUAUCCUCCCUACAUUAAACAGGGAUUGAGCAUGAAAUAUUAAAAGUUGUUGAAUGUGAAUAUUUAAUAUACUUAAGGUUCAAGUGUUAAAGAAAUAAUAAUAAUAGAAGUAUUAUAGGUUUUAUGGAAACCUUAGCUGCCAAGAGGAUAAAGUAUUAAAAUACAGUUCAUGCCUGUUAAUAAAAAUCUUUGCACUUUAAA